UUGUGAAUAAAUCAUAGAGUUUCGUACGGUCGGCAAACGAUGCUUUUAACUCGCUUACAAAGAGGAAACACGAGAAAUGAAUAAGUUCACUGUUAUAUUCGUCAUUAUCGUAAUUGCUCUGUCGAGAAGCGGAGAAGGUAGAAAGAGAAAUACCCAAGACCGCAGUUCCAAUUACGACCUAGUGACGUUGAAUAGAAGAAGUAACGUUGUUAGCGGUGCAUUACGUCGUAUAACUAAUCCAACUACUAAACCUAAUACUAAAACACCUACUGUUAUACCUGCCGAUAAACCCGUUGAUGUACCUGAUGAAAUCGUAAUUCAACCUGCAACUGUUGUCGUAAUUCAACCUCCAUCUUUCAUUGUAAUUUUUCCAGGAGCUAUAUUGUCGAGUGGACGAAUUUUCUUCGAUAGGGUAAUCUGAUCUAUCCAUAUGUAAAAAGAUUAGAAUCGCUCACGUAACAGAGAAAAUUUGAUUAAAAGUUUACCUGACUAAUAAGUGAAUUUUCGGUGUUUCUGGAUGAUAUUUCUUAAUU